AUGGGGGAUGAAGAGAUGUUUAAGUUAAACAAUCCUUUGGAUGUUGAAGUUGUGAUAAAUGCAAUUCUGCAUGAUACCAAUGAUGAGGAUAAUCAGGACAUCAGUUUUAUAGAGGACUGUACCACUGAUGAAGAAGAGCACCUAUUGGAAAGAGAUGGAGAUUCUGAUACAGAAAUGAGAAGAAGCAAAGAGGAAUUCUGUAAGCUGGGAACUACAUUCCUGAGUGGCUGCAACACUUGUAUAUGUGGCGCUAAUAACAAGCCUAGCUUCUGUUUCCCAAAGGCUUGCAAAUACGAAAUCCCCGUUGGAAUCAAGCCAUGUGUGCCCGGUACAACGCUCAUGGUUGAAUGCAACAGGUGCACGUGCGGUAUUAAUGGCAAGGCCCAGCAGUGUACGAAAAAUAAAUGUCGUUCUAGCUCAGAACCAGUAAAAAGCUCUCGCUUCAAGAGUAUGACAGCUCAGCUUUCUGAAGACAAGUGUGUCCCUGGAACUAUGCUUAGGAAGUCCUGUAACACGUGUAAGUGCAGCAAAAGUGGCAGACCAAUCCACUGCACCAAUCUCCAGUGUCAUCCGCUACUGGGCGUAGGAGUACAGGGUUGUGUGCCUGGAGAUUUAGUCAAGGUAUACUGCAGCACAUGCAAGUGCAGCAGUACAGGCACCCUAACCGAUUGUACCAACAAGGACUGUGACAUCCGCGCAGCGCCUAAUGAAGGUAAGAUGCAACGUCAUUCGAAGGCGGGUGUUAGAUACUACUGA